AUGCAUCGCCGAGGGGAAGCCGUGAUCGAACAACAAGAGACCACCACCGCGAGCCCCACGCGCACAACCGCGACCCGAGGGCUUCACGUGAGCCGCGCUGAGAGCCGAGUGCCACCAAAACUCGGGCUUCUCACCACAAGCCACACACGCAUCGAUGACCGCCGCCCCUCCCCAUCCGAGACCAAGGCAGCCCCAAUAGAUGGAGCCCAUCGAUCCCAACACCAGAAAUCGGUUGGACCCAAGAGUGAGCUUGCUAUGAGACUCCGGCCCCAAACAACUGCUAAGGCAGAGCUUGGAAUAGACGGCAAGGAGAAGCCCGCGACUAGCCAAAAAGGCCUCCCCCAGCCAUGGCCACCACGAAGAUGGAGAGGCGCCACACCCGAAGAUGGCCCGCCAAGAAGCCAACCCUCCACCACCGACCCGAAUCAAGUUGAAAUUGUCGAGAGGACGCUGGCAGGAGGGCCCUGCAAAGGAGAAAUUGCGCCGACCAAGUGA